GAGGAGGGGCCUGGUUUCUUCGUCUACACGCCGGGCGGCGACCUCUAUGUGGAAAGCCUCUCGGACUACAGCAGCAGCGCCCUGCUCACAGGGCGGAAGGGCUACCCUGCCGGUGUGCCUCAGGUGGUGGCCUUCAGCAGGCCGCUGGAGCCCGAGGAGGUGGUGGAGCUGGUCAAGCGGGCGCGCGCGGAGGCGGCGGUGCUGGAAGGGGCCGUGGUGGAGGACAUCACGGAGGCCGUGGACUGGCGGGGCCGGCGGCUGCCGCUGCCGCCGCACUCGGUGGUGCACGCCCCGCGGGUCCGCCUGCGAGGGAAGCAGGGUUUCGCUUGGCUGAGCAGCGACCUGGCCGCACCCCCGGGGGAGUUCGCCUUCGGCACCGAGGUGCUCCUGGGCUCGGACGCCUGCCAGCGGGGGCGCUUCGCUAUCGUCACGGACGCCUCUGGGAACCACCACCCCGCGGAGCUUGUGGAGAUCAGCGGCGCUGGCGAGUGGCGGGAGGCGAAGCUGCGCGGCGCGGCCCGCAACCGCGGAGGCGAGGGCGCUCUGGAGCAGCGCCUGCUCGGGGACAGCCCUCCCCCUGUUGGCCCGGCGGCCCUCGGCCGCCCGCCGCCCCCUGGGCAGGAGGGCCCGGGCGACGAUCUUCGCACGUGCUGGAUCGACUACGACGACGCGGGGAUCCGCUUCAAGGAGUGGCGCAAGGUCCUGCACGAGGCGACCCAGGAGAGCCUGCAGACCGCUGGCCUCAAGGGGCCCCCCGUGUGCCUCGCCAUCUGCAGGAAGUUCUUCAAGCACGGCGGGGACCCGAAGGCAUGGUUCUCCGAGUGGGCUCGCGAGGUGGGCAUCACCAGGAAGGACAGGUCCCGGCACGAGGUCGAGUGCCUGAUCGAGGCCUUGUGGCAGGCGGGCGCCUUCGACCAGCUCAACAUGGGCGCCGUCGCGGCGCUGGAGGUGGUGCCCCGCCGGCUGCUGCAGUACGUGGAGGCGUAUGCGAAGGGUGCCGACAAACCCAACUGGAGCGCGGCGAAGCACUUCAGCGCGACCACCUCGGCCCUGGACCUGGUGCCCGAGGACAUGCGCAUGUAUGCGGCGCGGCAGGCCAAGGAGGAGGCGGAGCUGGAGAGCCUGCGCGCGCGCGCCCGGCAGCCCGGCGCCGCGGCCCAUGCUGGGGCCGACACGACGGCGGCGGCGACGCUGGCGGGCGCGCCCCCUUCGCAGGUCGACGGAGAUGCUGCUGGAGGACCCCGCAGGGCGUGCGCGUUCUUGCCGUUGCCCCCGCUGCGAGCCGCGGGCCUUCCCCCGGAGGUGACAGGCGGGCGGCGCCGGCUGCUGCUUCGUGACAUCGAGGCGGCGAUCGACGCGCUGAAUUGGAUGCAUGGUAGCGCCUACCGCCCGAUCCCCCACAGGAUCUCGUCGGCGACUGAGCGCAAGAUUUUGGGCCUUCAGGCUGAUGUGCGGCAGCGCGUUGUUGAGGCGGCAGCCCGCUGGAGCGACGUUGACAGCGCCGUCAGCGGGCGUGGAGCCUUGGCCAGGCUAUUGAAGGGGCGCUCGGGCUAUACGCCGUCGCUUUCAUGCAGUGUCGGGUCCUACGAGUACUCGAAGGUUUCGCUCCCUGGCGACUUGUACAAUGCGCCGUCGCUCAUCUCCAUGCUGCCUUCGGAGGCGAGGAUACAGCUCGAGGAUUUCGAGAAACACAUGCUCCGGCCCGCGCAGGAGUCGGAACUAAUUCGUCAGUUUGAAGGGGUGCCGGGCUGCCAUACUGACCCGGUGCUGCAGAAGAAUCCCCGCGCCUAUGGCCGCCUUGUGCGGAGGGCCGCGGACAUCGGCCCGGUGACCUUCACUCGUGAUCCCGCCUGUGUUUUGGGCGUGUUCUUUGUCACCAAGAAGGCCGACAAGCUCAGGUUGAUUGUGGAUUGUCGUCGUGCCAACCAGCUGUUCCGCAAGCCCCCUGGCGUCGCCCUCCUGAGUGGCGAGGGGCUGGCCAGGGUGGAGAUCGACGACUCCGAGGGUUUGCUGGACGGGCUCCCUUUGCAUCUGGGGGUCGGCGACGUGGCCGACUGCUUUGACAGGAUGAGGUUGACGAAGACCGCGGGCGGCGACAUCCGCCGCUACUUCUGCUGGCCACCGCUGGCGGCGCGGCAUGCAGGCCUCGCCGAGCUCGACGGCGUCCCGCUGGAGGCAGGCCAGGAGAUCUGGCCGAUGUGCGCCAGCCUAACGAUGGGUUUCUCGUGGUCACUGCAUUUUGCCCAGACCGCUAACUCAGUUCGUCUGGGACGUCAGCCUUCGCUGGCCCGGAGCCAGGAGCUCUCGGACCGCGGGCCCUCCCUGGUGUUCGGCGGCUCCCGCGUCCUGAAGCAGGCCGGCCACUGCAUGCACGUGGGCAACGCUGGCGCCAUUUCUUUCGAUGGCGGUCUGGUCCGACAGGCUCUCGCCGAGGCCCAGCAGCAGGACUUCGACCACGACGCGCUGCGCUUCCACGAGAUGGAGGUCCUCGAGCACGGUGGGAGUUCUCUGGGGUGGCACCUGGACGGCGACAGCCGGGUGGCCCGCCCCGGCAGCCGGCGCUUCGGUCUGGCGCGGCAGGGCGCGCGCGCCCUGCUGCGACUCAAGAAAGUCGCCGGCUGGCAGCUGGAGGCGGUCCUGGGCCACAUCACCUUCCUGUGCCUCAUGCGUCGCGAGCUCCUUUCGAUUUUCCACGUCGUGUACCGCUUCGUGCGGGAGUCCUGCGGCAAGUUCCAGCCGCUGUGGUCCUCCGCCCGAGAGGAGCUCGUGGCCUUCGCGGGGGCGAUGGUCUUUAUCGAGGCCGACUGGGAGCAGCCCUGGACGCCCUACGUUUACGCUAGCGACGCCAGCCUCCACGGCUUCGGGGCGUCGCAGCCCCUGUGUUUGACCGCGGACGUCGCAGCGGUUGGGCGCGUGCCCGAGGUCAGCCGCUACCGCCUGGGCGGCGCCCGCGCCCGUGAGCACGCUUUCGAGGUGGCCGGCUUCAAGGUCGACCCAGAGAGCGGCGAGGUGGAGCGCGACUUUUUGGGGCGGCCCGCGCGGCUCGACAGGGAGGCGCGCGAGAUCUUGGAGGCUGCGCGCUGGGAGCACAACGAUGACUUCCCCGAGGUGCCCAGCAGCCUGCUGGCGAAGGAUCGCUGGCGCUGCUGGACUGCCACGGAGGCCAGACCGACGACGGAGGCGGAGCCGGCUCGCAUCCGCGCCUUGACUCUGGAGCGGGCCCUGAGCGACCGUCUGCUGUCGCGCUCGGAGGUGUCGAGUCCGAGGGGGCGCGCUGGCGUCGAGGAGAGCACCGAGGCCUUUCUGGCGCGGUGCGCGGAGGAGCUCCCAGCGGGGGCGGGGCCAGGCCCGCGGGCCGACGCGCCCGCCCGCGGGGGUGCCGAGGCCGCGGGCGCCAGCGAGGAGAGCGACGACUCCUCGGACCCCGAGGAGAGGGCGGCCGCCGCGGCGCGACGGCGCUGCCUGAGCCGGCGCGGGAAGGGCCACGUGCGUCAGGCCCUCGCCGCGCUGCUGGACGGCGGGCCGCUCUCGUCCCGCCUCGCGCCGCUGGAGGCGAGGUCGGUGACGCCGGCGGCUGCUGCCCAGUUCCGCCAGCGCGUCCAAGAGUUCUUGAGCUGGCACCACUCCUCGGACGCGAUCCUGGACCGCCCCGCGGAGCUCGACGCCGCCCUGGUGUCCUUCAUGAACCACGAGUUCGAGAGCGGGCACAAGAGCUGGAGGGGAGAGAAGCUUCUGGCGGGCGUGAUCUUCCAUCGAACUCAGUACGGGCGGCAUGGAGCGGACCAUCUUCCUCGCUCUCUCCGGGCUCUGAAGGGAUGGUGCAAGGCGUCGCCAUCUCACUCGAGGCGGCCCUUGACGAUCGGGAUGUGGGCCGCGAUCUGCGUGGAGAUGGCCCGCGUGGGAUAUCUCCUGGCCGCCGCCCUGUCGCUGGUGAUGGUGGAGUGCUACCUGCGGCCGGGGGAGAUGCUGGGCCUCACGCGGAGGUCCUUCCUGCCGCCGGCCCCCGGCGGGGUGGCGAGCUGGGCGCUGCUGCCGUUCCCCCAGGAGGGGAACCUGAGGAGCAAGACAGGGGAGAGCGACGACAGCAUCCCCCUCGACUCCCGCGGGUUCGUCUGGAUGGACAGCGUGUACCGCGUGCUCUCCCGCCGUCGUGGAUCGGACCGCCUCCUGGGCUGGACCUACCGCGAGCACGUGUCGGUCUUCAGGAGGGCUUGCGCCCGCCUGGGCUGGGCGGCGGAGCAGGCGAUGAAGCGGGGCCGCUGGCAGGCCCUGAAGAGCGCCCGCCGCUACGAGAAGGCGGGGCGCGUGAAUCAGGCGUGGAACGAGCUCAGUCGCGAGGAUCAGGACCACGUGGCAGUCUGCCUGCGGUCCCUGGAGGGCAUUUUCCUUCAGG